ACCUGGAUGGAUUGUAAUACAACAACGAGUUGGGGGAAAUGAGAAUUUCACUAGGGAUUGGGCAACGUAUCGCAAAGGUUUCGGUUCUUUUGAAAGUGAUUUCUUUCUUGGAUUAGAGAAAUUACAUCGUAUCACGAGCUUGCAGCGUUUCGAACUUUACAUACAUAUGGUUGCUGAGAAUGGAAGAACCUACAACGCUCGUUAUGACGACUUCAAAAUAUCUGAUGAAGAUAAUGGAUAUGCACUGAGUUUGGGUAAAUUCAAUGGAACUAUUAAAAACGAUAGCAUGAGAGAAAAUGAAAACAUGAAAUUCUCAACAUUCGAUCACGACAACGACAAAACUGAUUAUGCUAAUUGCGCAGACAAUUAUAAAAGUGGCUGGUGGUACAACUAUUGUUCUGAUUGUGCUUUAAAUGCACGAUAUUUGUAUUGGUAUCACAUUCCACUUAAUGAAGUUAAGAUGCUAAUUCGCCCCAAAGAAGAGAUGAAGAAGUGAUAAACUGAAAAGCUGAAAUUCUCAUAUUUUACUCAAUUAUGUAAUUAUUUAUAAAUAAUUGGUGCAUUAAGAAAUUGCGUUCUGAAAAAUAAAACAAUCG